UUGAGUGCAGUGAUUGACAUUGGAAGUAUUGUUCAAAAUGUUUAAAAUAAUUAUUUCAAUUUUCUUCAUUUCAUUGGUUUUUGCCAAACGUCCCGAUUGGUAUCCGGAAAAUCCCCUAGAAAUUGAAGCUGAAUGUAUGAAAAAGUAUAACGUUAAUGCCGAAACGAUUGCCAAAAAUCGCUCCUUUCAACUUGAGGAUACACCCAUAGUGCGUUCGCUGGUGUUCUGCAUUGCUGUGGGGAAAAAUGUCUAUCGGCCUGAAAGUGGAUACGAUCCAGAACGUUUGGCACUUGGUCUUAAGUAUGGUUUGAAUCUUGACUGCAAUGUGGAUUUCCUCAGUAACUGUGCUCACAGCCACAAUGAUGUAGAGUCUCAAGAAGGGAAAUUUUUUGAUUUCUUUAAAUGUGUUUUUGGUGGUAUUGAGGGAAAUUGCGAAAAAGUUCAAUAAAUUUUUGGAAGGUGUCAAAUUUUAUUGGGGCAAUAAAAAUGUGCAAAUAAAUUUUAAAAUAAAUAUA